AUGAUCUCCUUAACAGAUUAUGGAAGCACGAUAGGUGUCGACAAGGGGCCAAAUCUGCUGUCUAUCUAUAAGGAUCCGGAUUCGCCAGGAACGGCACCUUAUAAGUCCCACCAAAUCGGGCUGCCUCAACUCCCAGAACCUGGAACACCUUCCCAAUUGCAAAUACUGAGCCAGUGGAUACGGCUUUGCGACAGCAGCCAUACAACAUGUGUCCCCAAGAAACAGAGAUUCAUGCCGACACGGCUUCUUGAUACGCAAACCACGCUUCGUCUUGUGGAGUCCAAAGGGAAAUACUCUUCUCGUUACGUGGCUCUAAGUCACUGCUGGGGCCAACUUGGGGAAGGUCAGAUGUUUCGCGCUUUUCAUAGAAACAUGAACCAACUCAAGGCAGGGAUUGACAUUGAGACUCUGCCGGCCACAUUCCGUGACGCCGUCACUAUUACACGCGGCUUAGGUGUGCAAUACCUCUGGAUUGAUUCUAUUUGCAUUAUUCAGGACGAUUCGUCCGAUUGGGAGACAGAGUCACACAAGAUGGAGGACGUGUUUAGUUGUGCUUACUUCACCAUCAGCGCCAGCUCUUCGCCCUCUUCUUUGGCGGGGUUUCUGACCCCUCGAACUCCCCGGACAUCGGUUCACUUGUCCCUUGAAGGCUCUGAAACAGUCUAUGUCACUAAUAAUAUUGAUGAUUUUGACCAGGAUGUUGAACAAAGUGUGCUCAACAGUCGCGGCUGGGUCUUCCAGGAGAGAGCACUCUCCCGCCGCACACUCUACUUUACUUCCGGCCAGGUGUACUGGGAAUGCGGAGCAGGAGUUUACUGCGAGACUUUAGCAAGCUUGAAAAAUUCGAGAGCAGCUUUCCUGGGUGAUCCUCACUUCCCAAGCGUGGCGCUCAAAUAUCACCGUGGCGGAAAGCAGGUGCUCAUUCAGGAUCUCUAUGAAAGAUACUCGAGAUUGUCAUUCACCUAUCCCACAGAUCGGGCCGUGGCAAUUCUCGGGCUGCAGCAGCGUCUCGGAAGAGCAUUUCGUACCAAGGCUGCAUACGGCCUCCUUGAAGCCUAUGUGGCUCGGGGUCUUCUUUGGAUGCGCGAUCAGAAGCACGACCUGAAGAAGAUUGUACCGGCCGUAGGAAAGCCAAUCCCAAGUUGGUCAUGGUUCUCCCAAGAGGGCUCCAUUCGAUAUAUGAAGCUGGAAUUCGAAAGGGUAUCAUGGUCCGAUAAUGUGGAUUUUCAAAGUCCAUUCCGUACACUCUCGAAUGAAGAAAGUAGUCACCUGAGCCGAGAUGGCCAAAGACCUGGCACAAAUCACAUGGUCCUGAGAGGACUCGCAAGAAAGAUGAUUUUUCCCACAUUAACAACACAGCUGGAGGGCCUCGUAUUUGAUCAGUGUUGUUAUUUAGACCCUAAAUUUCUGCGGGUUGUGAUUAUUGGGCGGGACAAAAUACAGGAUGGGAAUUCUGUUCAUGGCCUAGUUAUUCAGCCUACAGAACAUCAUCUAGAUAACCUAAACUACAGUAGGGUUGGGGUCGCCUCCUUGAGAGGUAGCCAGGUGGAAGCAGAUGGCGAAUGGGUCAACGUUCGGUAG